AUGAAGACAGAAUCAGCCAAAGGGAUACUCCUCAGGAGCCGAAUGACGGCCUGGCUGGACGGUAUACAGGGGGGAGAUGAAUCUUCUUCCAAUGAAGAAGACAAGCCACAAGUACAGAGCAAGAAGGCGAGAGACUACACGUUUGAACUUGAAGCUCUUCGUGCAUGGACAUACCACUACCGCCAACCUAUCCUGAUGCAUACCAUCGCCUACGAGCUGGAGUUCAUGAGUAGAUUCACGUACCCCCCAGCUGACCUUGAAUGCACGCGGGUCGUGGUUAUUCAUGGGCGCGUAGCCAAACAUGAUCUUGAAACACUCGAUUAUCUCAAACAUGACAAGCCAGCCCGAUUUCAGAAGGCAUCCGCCGGAUUCGAGAAGCUCUAUGGGUUCUCAUUCGACAAAUUUGAAUCUAGAUUCGAAACUGCCCCCGUGGAAGUUUUGGGAUGUCUCGGUAAACGCGUCAUGUUGAAAUACUGCUCCGCAUGGAUCAAACGACCAGAAGAGCAGCAAAGGCUCAUCGAGACAUGCGACUGGAUCGUCAAUGCCUGGUUGCAGUUUCCCGAGGACAAAGUGAAGAAAUCCUGGGGUGAGCUGUGCCAAACCAUGGCGGACACGGCUAAGGCUGCGAGGGAGGCUUUACUCAAAGACUGA